UCACGGCGUAAAGUGUGUUAAAUACUAUUAAAAAAAAAGAAAUGGACGCGUAAUGUGAAAAAUGUGAACGUCUGGACUUACGGCAGCGUGAGUGUUAAACACCGUGGGAGCUUUUGGUGAAACUUUUCAGCCCCCGGAAAAAGGAUGACAACAACACAAUAGUGUUGGCGACCUGCAAGUGUUUCAGUUCCCACGCACAAAGAUGAGGAUUCAGGGACAGCCCGAGGGCGCGAGGAGGCGCCUGGAUUUGAACCCAGUCGGUGAGCUCAGGGGCGUCGAGGUCAUCCGUGGUCGGGCAGGAUAUGGCUUUACUAUUUCGGGACAGAGGCCGUGUCUGCUGAGUGGCAUCCUGGAGGGAAGUCCUGCUGACCUGGUGGGACUCAAACAGGGGGAUCACAUCAUGGCCGUCAACGGAGCUGACGUGUCCACUGCUCUGCAUGAGACUGUGGUGCAGCUGAUCGGCAGCUGCAGAGGACCCCUGCGGAUGGUGGUGCGUGCUGAAGGCCGGAUCAUGGGGAACCCCAUCCUUAACGACGCAAAAUUUGGGAUUGGCCAGAAGGUGGGUGUUCUCCGCACUAUCUCGCACGAUUCGAGCAAUUCUUCCUUCACCUCGAGUCAUGGAAACGCCACCAAACAGAGGCCGCUGUCAGAGCCGAAUAUGGCGCAGUGGGUACAACACUGGAACGCUUUGGCCGAGCAGCCGAGGGAGGAAUCCUGCCGAGCGGGCGACACGGACUCUUUGUUUACAGACACGGAAGAAGCGAACUCAGACUGGAGCAUCUUAAACAUGACCCUGGUGGUGGGCUACCUGAGCUCCACAGAACUGGUUUUAAACACCGAAGGAUCAGAGGAGGACUGCUUAAAAGCCAUUCGGGAGCGGAUACGACAGUUGGGAACCGAGCAGGAUACCCAUACGCUGGUGAUGAUGAAGCUCACGUUUGACUGCGUCCGACUUUGUGACGACACAGGAGCUGUUUUGGCGGCCUUUCCUACCGAGAACCUGGUUUUAGGAGCGGUGUGUGCUGAAGACCCCCGUUUCUUUUGCCUGGUCACUACAGCGCAUAUAAUCGAUGGCCGUGUACCCGAAGACGGUCCUCUGCGGGCCUCCUGCCAUGUUUUCUUCAUCGACCCAGCGCUGGGAAACCACGAGGACCACGCAGGCAUUGCCGGACGCUUUGGCUUCGACUGCUCUCCAGAUCCAGAUGCUCUGGGCUGCCUGGAAUUCCCUCAGACUCCCCCAGAUGUUCUUCACUUCGUCACAGUCCUGUACAGUGACAUGGGGGAGGCUGUGGAGCGGCUGCGAGCUAAACUGGACAUGGAGGCUCAGCAGCAAGCCAAGGAGAACGGCAGCACUGGCAAACAAGGCAGCGCCAGCAGCAACGGGGACAGUGGAAUUGGAAAUGGGUCCCCCCCUGAGGAGAGAGCGGACAGGGAUUUCCCUUCUGCAAUCCCAAACCAUCCUGGGGCCCACCUCCCCAGCUGUCCCUGGGAUUACCCUCCGGCUGAAGACCUCACCCCAAUAAACCUCUCCAAGAACGGCCAAAAGCUUAAUCCGGUGAACAGUGCCAGCAUACAUUCCCUUUCAGAGUCGCUACCUGGCCCCGAUUCUCUUACCAGCUUUUACGGAGGCCCCCCGCCCAGGCUGGAGUUCCAGUUUAAGCCCCCACCCCCUCCUCUGCCUUUGGAUAAAAAAACAAACUUCUUCGGAGACCCUCUCAGAAGUAGCCAGAAGUGGUUCUCAAAGGCAAAGUGGCCAAAAGCCCUAAGUGGCGAUCCAGAGCCUCAGGUGUCGUCCAACAACAACCGGCCCUCCAGCGUUACCCUUAGCAACCUGCCUCCCCCCAUGAGCCAGAUCCCCUCAGACAGGUACCGGUCUGCAGAGGUCACGAUGCUCCCGCCCAGAGAGGAAUGGACCAGGAGGUUCCUCGACCAGAGAGAGAAACAGCGGAAAGAUGGUGCUACCAAAAAUGGCUCCAGGUUUUGGGGUAGGGGUGUUGCCCGGGCCUCUAAACGCCGUUCUACCAAACGUCUGAGCCUGGCACGAUCCCUGGAUGACCUCGAGUCUGCUGCUUCCUCAGAUGGCGACUACAGUGGGGUCCAGUUGCAGGGAUGCUGCAGCCAGAGCAGCCUGAACAGUAAUGGCAGUCUUCCAGGAGCGGGCAGCCAUCGAGGGGGUCCGGAGCAGCGCGUGGCCAGCUGGGCCGCCUGCUUCGAGCGGCUCCUCCAGGAUCCAGUGGGUGUGCGCUACUUCUCGGAAUUUCUCAAGAAAGAAUUCAGUGAGGAGAAUAUCUUGUUCUGGCAGGCCUGUGAAUGCUUCAGUCAUGUCCCUGCAACAGAUAAGAAGCAGCUGUCCCAGAGAGCUGGAGAGAUCUACAACAGCUUCCUGUCCAGCAAGGCCACCAUGCCAGUGAACAUCGACAGCCAAGCCCAGCUGGCCGAUGAUGUCCUCACCUCCCCGCGGCCCGACAUGUUCAAGACGCAGCAGCUACAGAUCUUCAACCUGAUGAAGUUUGACAGUUAUUCGAGAUUCCUCAAGUCCUCACUUUACCAAGAGUGUGUGCGAGCUGAGGAGGACGGACAACCCUUGCCGGACCCCUACCAGAUUCCCUGCAGUCCUGCGCCCUCGAAACACAGCGCCAGCUCUGACCGCUCUACCCUUUCCACUCCGAAAAAGGAGGCCAGAAAGCAUAGGUCGGGGAGGUCACUGAACGAAGACAGCAAAGACGAGAGCGCCGACAAGAAACGCAGCAUCUUCUUCUCGUGGUCCCGCAACAGGAGCUUCGGCAAGGGCCCAAAGAAGAAGGACAUUGGAGACAUUAACCUCGACUACUGGGGCAGUAAUGGGCGGAGGGAGUCCCAGGGCUCCUUGUCGUCCGGUACCAGUCUGGAGAUGGCCACUUCCUGCUCUGCUGGCAAGAUUGAGUCUGAUAAUCGCCACUCAGUCGGAGUAUGGGAACGCUCCCCCAAACACUGCAACGUGAUGCUCCCCGACGGUUCCUGCUCUUCUGUUACUCUCCGGCCCAGUGCAUCCAUAAGGGAAGUCCUCCAAGAUCUCUGUCACAGCAUCAACGUCAACAUCGCUGCUGUCGACCUCUUCCUGGUGGGAGGGGAGAAGCCUUUGGUGUUGGACCAAGACUGCAUGACCCUCUGCUCACGAGACUUGAGACUGGAGAAGCGGACCUUGUUUAGAUUGGACCUGGUUCCCAUUAACCGCUCUGUGGGGCUGAAAGCCAAACCUACCAAACCAGUCACUGAGGUCCUGCGCCCCGUGGUGGCCAAAUAUGGUCUCCACCUCAGCGACCUUGUGGCCAAAAUAAGCGGAGAAACUGAGCCUUUGGACCUGGGUGCCCCCAUAUCGAGUUUGGACGGCCUGCGAGUUGUGUUGGAACGAGCAGACCCAGCUUCAAACAAAGACAAAUCAAAGUCUUCCUCCUUAAAAGGCCACCCUCCAACCAGGAGCUUUUCUGCCACAGGAGAUGAGAGGUCAACACCAAAGGACUUUUCUGUGAGAGCAAGUGGACCAGACUCAGCACUCCCAGGGGAAAAGAGAAAACAGAAAAAGAUUAAUAUAGAUGAAGCUGAAGAAUUCUUUGAGCUGCUGAGCCGGGCACAGAGCACCCGAGCCAACGACCAGCGCGGACUCCUGAACAAAGACGAUCUGGUGCUUCCCGACUUCCUGCGCCUGACUCCACCCGGCCUGGCCUGCUCCACUCCUGACUCCCUGAAACCGACCCGGGAGAACGGCAUCUCCUCACGGGGGGCCCUUACUUCCAGCCUUCGCUCAGAGAGCCUGGACUCCUCCCUUAGCUCCAGUGCAAAUGGACACUCCGGGACCAGGCGGUGCCUGUUGCCCCCUCCUCGCCACCCGACAUUUGGCACCCACCUGUCCCCCAUCUCCCGGCCCUCAGACACCCGGCCAAGCCUUCGCACUGUUGAGGAGGACGUCCACACUGACCUCACCCUCGUGGGGGAAGGCGACAUCAGCAGCCCCAACAGCACCCUGCUGCCUCCAACGCCGUCCCCCAUGCUGUCCUUUGAGAAAAGCCUGCCUGAAGCCAACUUCACCCCGCCGCCACCCUGCUCCAAGUCUAAAGACGCAGGUGGAGAGGGAAAGUCCAGUUCAGAGGGGAAAACAGACCCGUGCUCCAACACCAAAUCGCCCACUGAUAGAGCCGACGCUGCACAGACGGUUCAGGAGGUGAUGGAUGUGGAGGGGGUACAUCUAGAGGAGGGAACUGUCGAAACAUCCCAGGGAGAGGACUCUGAGCUCAGCCUGAGCUUCCAGGGCUACGUCGCUGAGCUGCGGCAGUGCCAGAGCAAAAUGAGGAACGCCCAGGUGCCCCACAACGGCCGCAACCCCCCAGAGGGCAAGGACUGCAAGACAGACCUUUACAAGGCCACAGUUGUCUAAAGGGAACCCCCACUGCUGCACUUUUAAAGCCUGAGGCACUGUCUUUUGAAAGGGAAUUAAUGAAAUGAUGGGCUGCAUGUGCAAAGCUGUCAAUUUACACUCCAAAAAAAAAAUCAAUAUUAUGGUGAUAGAUAUUGUAUAUUUGUUAUGAAUUCUGGAGUCUUCUUGUUGAUUUUUAGUACUGGUUGCAAUUUUUGGACAGUGAUAUGUUUUUGUUAUGGUAUAGUUUAAUAAUGAAGUGAAAGCCAUUCUGUUGUGAGCCACAUUAGACCGAGGACAACCAUGGGAAAAAAGCCGGAAAAUAACAUCUGGGUACCAGUUUCUAAUUAGGCAUACCUUAUAAACAGUCUUGAGUUGUAAUUAUUUGGUUUAAUAUAAGUCCUUACUCUCUAGUAAGCUAUCAAAAUGAGUUAAAGAGCUAAUGAAAAUGUUACGUUGGCUAACAAUAUGUACCAGCCAAGUGGAUUAGCCAAUAAUUAAGCUAUUAAUUACAAUUUAUAGAUGCUUAUAAAGGUUGACAAGAUAUUUUAACCCAUUGUCCAUUUACUAGACCUCUUGCCAGCCUUCCACCGAGGAAGACCAUGAGAUGCAGUUGAAAACUCUUCUGAUCUAUAAAACAUUACUGAAUUAUUUAUUAACCAUUAAUUAAGCUAAUAAUUACAAUUUAUAGACACUUCAUACAUUUUUCACAAAAAGAUCUUAAAACAGUGUUUAUCUUAAAUUAUCUUAAAACACUUACAAGCUUUUUUCACUGGCCUUCUGUUGAGGAAGACCAUGAAAUGCAUGGAAAAAGCUUGUAAAGGUUCUUCUUACUAAUAACUCGAUGAUCAACCAAAAUUAAGAUAUUAAUUACAACUUGUGGUAUAAAGACUUUUAGAUAGAUUUAUUUAUUUGUUUAUUUUAGAUAAACAUUUUACUAGCUUUUCCCACUAGUCUUUUGCUGAGGAAGACCAUGAGGUGCAGUAAAAAACUAAAAAAAAACUAGUAUUGAAAACAAGUUUGAAUAUUUUAUCAAAUUUCUUACAUUAAUAGAAAGUGGUACCCACAUUGUACAGUCUGACCAUAUGCGACGCAGGACUCAGUUUUUAGGAUCAAAAGGGAGGCAAAUCACAAUUUUCUUGGAUAUUUAACUAUUUCCUGUAUACAUCUUCUUCCUGUGUUUUACAGAUAAUAUAUGACGGUACCUUUAUUGCCUGUACUUCCUGCUUCUGUGGUUUUGAGGUUGUCCACGUGUUGAAUGAUUAAAAAGCUUUGAUGGCUGUAA